UCUUUCCCUUUCCACCCGUUAGAUUCAACCGAAUGACGAACAAACGGUUCGCGAUCGUGUGCCAAAACCUCGUCCUGGCAAACGGUGCCUCCGAUCUGGCGAACCGGCUCGGCGUGAAGGGUGAGGGGCUGGAGAUGCCGUGGGUGAAGUACGAGCUGCCCCAUCUCGAGCGGGCGCUGGAGCAGUACGACGAGCCGGGCCGCUCCCAGCUCAAGCCGGUGCUGAUCGUGGGGGCGGGGCUGAGUGCGGCCGACGCCGUCACGAUCUGCCGCUCGUCCGGCAUCCCGGUGGUGCACGUGUACCGCAACCGGACGGCCGGGCUGGCCAAGAUGCUGCCGGGCAACGUGUAUCCGGAGUACCACGAGGUGCACAAGAUGAUGAAGGACGCGAACCGCAAGCACGACCUGUACACCCCGCUGCCCGAGCACACGCUAGUGGAUCUGGCGGGGGCCGGCCGCGUCACCGUCCAGCACCUGAAGACGGGCGAGCGGCGCGUGCUGGACGUGUCGUACUGUGCGAUACUGAUCGGGUCCCGGCCCGACCUUCGCUUCAUCGCCACGCUGACGAAGCCGGCGGCGGGCGGGGACGGCAACGCCUGCCCCGACUCGGAAACGGAGGACGACUUCGGGCGACCCCCGGUCCAGCCGCUCACGAUGUGGACGUUUACCGAGCAGCUGCUGACCUCCUGCCUCGGCCGGAAGCUGUACUGGCUGAAGCACAUGUGUGCCAAAUGCAAACACAUCAACCUCACCGAUAAACCGCGCCACCAACAUCACAAGCAGCAGCAGCAACAGCAGCAGCACUACAACGCACCGGCGCUCAGUGCGGGCGGCGGUCACUGCCAGCAUCAGCUGGGGGAGUCCAAUCUAAGCGCCGCCUCGGGGCUGGGCCUCGGCGAAGAUCCGACCAAACCGAUCGACUGCAAAAACAAUCCAAUCGAGGUGGAUAAGUACACGAACGCGGUACUGCGCACGGCCCAUCCCGGCCUGUACGCGAUGGGACCGCUGGUGGGCGACAACUUUGUGCGCUUCAUACCCGGCGGUGCGCUCUGCAUUACCACCGCCCUGCACAAGCACACGGAAAACGAUUGAUGGGCGCGGGGCAGCUGCUAGAACCGGCCCCGACGACUGGACGUGGGUUUCAUUCAAUUUGUGUGUGUGUGUUUUUUGACUCCCACUGAUCGAAUCGGGCCCCUCGCGAGUGGGUUUUUCGAUCGUUAUGGGUAUGGGUUCGCUCCCGCAAAGUGUCUGCAGUGCGUGGCGAAAUGCGUCCAUUGUGGCCGUGGGAGAUGAACGCGGAUCCUGCACAAAAAUGAAGAAGAAAAA